AUGCAAAAUGAGACAAAUGGCCAUGGCCAUGAUCACGGCCACCAUGACAUGUCGAUGCCCGCCAUCUUCACAACGGGGACGAAAGUAACGUUAUUCUUCAGCAUCUGGACGACCAACUCCAUGGCCACGUAUCUCCUCACGCUGGCAUUUUUAUUUCUGCUUGCCUUGUUCAACCGUUUCCUUGGGGCACUCAAGUUCCAAAUAGAACAUAAGAUGAACUCAGCCCGCAUGUCUGGAAUUCCCGUACCAAUUCUAGGACAACCACCCGCAUAUCGACACAGAAAGAUCCCCAAAGAUCGAGCGAGCCCUCUUCCGCAGUACAUACAAGUCAACACGAACGAUCCAUUCGAAAGACCAUUGCCACCGCCUCCCUCUCCUCCACCCUUGCGUGACGAUGAGCAGAGCGAGCUGGUAUCUGGCCGCGCAGGGCUGUCCUGGUUCCGGAGGUGGUUCACGAUACUUUUUGGGAAGUGGACUCCAAGUGGCCCAUGGAGUUGGCAGCAAGAUGGAGGACGAUCACUACUAGAGGGCCUUCGUGCGCUGCUGGGCUAUGUCUUAAUGUUGGCAGUCAUGACUUUCAACAUUGGCAUAUUGUGCGCAGUCCUGGCUGGCAUCAUUGUGGGCGAACUCACGAUGGGGAGAUUUACUCAGCAAUCACCGGGUUGGCAGGAUGGAUCAUGCCACGAUGGAUGA